GAUGUCAUCGCGUCGGUCCAGGACCAAGAAGAACAAGGAUGCCGAAGAGGCUGAAGAGUCCGCUGCGCGGGUGUGGGUGCCUGACGCAACGAGCGGUUACGUGCUAGCGGACCUGAUCGAACCCAAAGAGGUGAGCGGGCUGAAGAGCGCGAGCGUGGCAAAGGUCAACGUCCUCGGCCAGGAGAAGGAGCUCGGAGCGGACGAGGUGUUUGCGGCGAAUGGGCACCGGUUUUCACGGGUGCCGGACAACGCGCAGCUGGGCCACCUCUCCGAGGCCACCGUCCUGCACAACCUCAAGGAGCGGUACGCGUCCGACUCGAUCUACACGUACUCGGGCCUGUUCUGCGUGGUGAUCAACCCGUACAAGCUGCUCCCGAUCUACACGCCCGACGUGGUGCAGGCGUACAAGGGCAAGCGGCGCGAGGAGAUGGAGCCGCACGUCUUUGCGGUCGCGGACGAGGCGUACCGGGCCAUGAUGGGCGAGCACAAGAACCAGUCGAUGCUCAUCACCGGCGAGUCUGGUGCAGGCAAGACGGUCAACACCAAAAGGUCAUCCAGUACCUAGCGUUCAUUGCCGGGCGGCAGACGGCAGACGGCUCGCGAGGAGAGCUCGAGGAGCAGCUCGUCCAGGCCAACCCCAUUCUAGAGGCGUUUGGCAACGCCAAGACCAUCCGCAACGACAACUCGUCGCGUUUUGGCAAGUUUGUCGAAAUCCAGUUUACCAAAGACGGGCUCAUUGCCGGCGGCACCAUCACCUCGUAUCUGCUGGAAAAGUCCCGCGUGGUCUUCCAGGCCGAAAACGAGCGCAACUACCACAUCUUUUACCAGCUCCUGGCCUCGGGCGACGCCGAGCUCCUCGACACGCUCAAGAUGCAGUCGGUGAACGACUUCCGCUGGCUCUCGGCCGACUACGCCCAUGUGGAGGGCAUGGACGACGCCGCCGAGUACCGCAUUCUCGAGGCGGCGUGGGAGACCAUGGGCGUCUCGCGCGAGCAGGUGCUCCUCACCUACCGCGUCGCGGCCGCCAUCAUGCACCUUGGCAACGCCACCUUUACCGAGUCGCGGCGCUCCGAGGAUGCGCAGGCCGAUGACGCCUGCCGCGCCGCCCUCGACACGGCGUCGGAGCUCCUGGGCCUCCCGGCCGGCGCGCUUGCCAAGGCCAUCCUCAAGCCGCGCCUCAAGGCCGGCCUCGAGUGGGUCAACAAGUCGCGGACUGCCGCCCAGGCUAUGCAUGUCGUCGAGGCUCUCGCCAAGUCGCUUUACGACCGGCUCUUUGCCUGGAUCGUCGACCGCAUCAACGUCUCGCUCCUCAACCGCCACAAACGCGAGCUUUUUAUCGGUGUCCUCGACAUUUCCGGCUUUGAGAUCUUUGAGGUCAACUCGCUCGAGCAGCUCUGCAUCAACUACACCAACGAGAAGCUGCAGCAGCUCUUCAACAACCACAUGUUCAAGCUCGAGCAGGAAGAGUACCUCCGCGAGGGCAUCGAGUGGGACAUGGUCGACUUUGGCCUCGACCUCGAGCCGACCAUCGAGCUAAUCGAGUCGUCGUCGUCGCCCGUCGGCAUUCUUGCGCUCCUCAACGAGGAGUGCACCUUCCCCAAGGCGAGUGACGAGACCUUUGUCGAGAAGCUCGUGGCCAACCUCUCGGGCGCUGUCCCGUUUGCCGUCCCCAAGUUCUCCAAGACCAAGUUUUCAGUCGCCCACUACGCUGGCACUGUCGAGUACUCGGCCGACGAGUGGCUGGAGAAGAACCGCGACAAGCUCGACGACCCCAUCACUGUUGUCAUGCAGGACUCGUCCAUCGAGUUUGUGGGCGACCUUUUUGCCGACCUUCAUCCCGACCGCGAGGGCGCACGCUCAGUCAAGCGCGGCAAGAAGGCGCGUGCCCGGCCCACCAUUGCUGCCAACCACAAGUCGCAGCUCCUUGCCCUCAUGACCACCCUCCGCUCCACCACGCCGCACUUUAUCCGCUGCAUCAAGCCCAACGAAGAGAAGCGUCCGGGUCACAUCGAUGCCCACAUGGUGCUCGACCAGCUGCGGUGCAACGGGGUGCUCGAGGGCAUCCGCAUCUGCCGCAAGGGCUUCCCCAACCGCGUGCCCUUUGCCGAGUUCCGCGACCGCUACAAGAUCCUCGCCCCGGGCAAGGUCCCCGACUCGAUGCUCGACUCGAAGAAGGCAUGCACCAUCAUCAUUGAGCACGUCGGCAUGGAGGCCUCGCAGUACCGUAUCGGUCACACCAAGGUCUUCUUCAAGGCUGGCCGCCUGCCUGAGCUCGAGGAGCUCCGCGACCGCAUCCUCUCCAAGAUGCUUGUCAAGAUCCAGGGUGUCAUCCGCGGCCACCUCGCCCGCAAGCAGUACCAGAUCACCCUCACCACAUCUCGCGCCACGGCCCUUGUCCAGCAGUCGAUUCGCUCGUUCAUCAAGGCCCGCGACUGGGGCUGGUGGCAGCUCUUUGCCAAGAUCCGGCCCAUGCUUAAGCACCAGGACAUCGAGGCCGAGAUGGCCGAGAAGGAGGCCGCCGUCAAGGAGGCCGAGCGCAAGCUGAAGGACUCGGAGGCCAAGGCGCAGACGCUCUCCGCUGAGCUCGCCGACGCCGCCAUCAAGCUCGACGACGCCCGCGAAAAGUUCAAGCGCGAGAAGGAUGCGCUCCGCGACAACUACGAGGCCCAGCUUGAGGAUCUCUCGCACAAGAACGCGCAGCUUGUCGACGCCCGCGCCACCGACCGCGCCGCCGCCGCCGCCCAGCUCCAGCUCGCCCGCGACGACGCUGCCGCCAAGAUCGCUGCCGCCAAGGACGCCGCAGCCCGCGCCGCCGACGAUGCCAGCCGUGCCCGUGACCAGGCCGCCGCCGAUGCUCUCGCCCUCGAGCAGCAGCUACGCGCCCAGGCCAAGGCCGACGUGGACGCCGCCAACAAGGCUGCUACUGCCGCCGCCGACGCCGUUGCCCGCAAGCACGACACUGCUCUCCGUGAGCUCUCGGCUCGCCUCGAGAAGGCCAAGGCCGACGCCGCCCGCUCGUCGGCAGCCUCGACUGAGGCCUCGGCCGAGAUCGACACGCUCCGUGCCAAGCUCCGCGAUGCCAACGCGCUCAUCGCCAAGCUCGAAGCCGACCUCGACGACACAGCCACCAAGCUGUCGUCGGCCGACUCGGCGCGCGCCGCGCUCGCCACCCAGGUCUCUUCGCUCGAGUCGCAGCUGACCGCCGAGUCGUCGGCCAAACUCGCCAUGGAGCAGGCCAAGCUCUUGUUGGAGACCCAAGCUGCCGACCUCGCUGCCCAGCUUGAUGGCGCCAAGUCGUCGCUGGCGACCGCCGACGCCAAGAACAAGUCGCUCCUCGCCGAGCUUAGUGAGGCGCAGGAUGAUCUCGCGCUCGCCACCCGCAAGGCGCUUGACGCCGAAAAGACGACCAAGAAGCUCAAGAAGGAGCUGGCCGAGGUCCAGGCGGCUGCCACUGCAGCUGCCUCGGACGCCGCCCGCUCCAAGCGUGCUGCGUCCAAGGCGGCGCGUGAGGCCCGCGCCGCCAAGGCCAGCGCGCCGGCCGCCGAGUCGGCUGCUCCGGCCCGGGCCCGUGUCGGUGCCGGUGCCGGGUCCGGCGACACCAACGCCACGCUCAAGAUCAACAACCUCAAGCUUGCCCACGACGCGACGCUCCGCCGGCUCGACGCCGCGCAGGACCAGAUCGAGGCGCUCUCUGCCGAGAUUGACAGUGCGCGGGCCGAGACCCGCGACGCUCUCAACGAUGCAGCGGCGGCCGAGAACGCCAAGGCGGUGCUUGUGGUCGAGCUUGCCGAGGAGGAGGCACUGGUCGACGGGCUCCGCGCCGAGCUCGAAGGCGUACGCGCCGAGCUCGACGCGGCGCGCGCCGCCGCCACCGACGCCGACGCGCACACCGAGGCCAUUGUCGCCCGCAAGGCUAAGCGGUGGCAGAUCUCGCUGGAGCAGACUCGCGAACAGCUCGAGGACGCGCUGACCGACAAGGCCGUCGCCGAAGCUGCGCUCGAUGCCGAGAAGCGGGCGCACUCGGAGACCAAGGCCGAGCUGCAAGAGCUGAUGGUGGCGUCGUCGACGGCAACGAGCUCGGUCUCGGGCCUCCGCCGCGAGCUGGCGCCGCCAAGGAGGCGGCCGAGGCGCUGUCGCGCGAGCGCGACGCGGCACGGGCAGCGGCCGCAGAGGCCUCCGCUGCGCUCGGCACGACUCGUGAGAAGCUCGCGCUCGACACAGUUGCUGCGUCGGAGAACAACCGGCUGACAUCGUCGCUUCAGGCCGACAUCGAGCUGUACAAGAGCCAGAUCGCCGAUGCUGCUGCGGCGUAUGCCGAGCUCGAGGCUGCACUUCACGCGGCAGAGGAGUCUGUGUUUGACGCCGAGGCCCGGGCCGACGAGGAAGAGACCGAGGCGGCUGCGCUGCGCGAGGAGAACAUGCAGCUGCUGGAGGACAUUGCGAUGCUCAAGGGCUCGAGCGCGGCGUCGAGCUCGGCGCUGGUGGCACAGCAGGAGGCUAUCAUCGAGGGCAUCAACAAGGAGCUCGACAUUCUCCGCGAGCAGCUCGAUGACGAGCAGCGCAAGGUGAUGGCGGCGGAACGCGCGCGGCGGACGCUCAAGACCAAGGCUGACGAGGCCGAGGACGCGCUGCUCACGGCACAGAGCUCGCUGGCGUCGGCGACCGAGUUGCGCACGGCGCUCGAGGCCGAGCUCCGAUCGCUCCGCGCGUCAGCGGAUGCGGCCGAGGAGCGGGCGGUGGCUGCGCAGGUCGAGCUCAAGGGAGCACAGACGCAGAUUGCCGAGCUGGAGAGCCAGCUCAAGGCUGCCCGCGAUGCGACGGCGGAGCAGGUGCGGGCACGCAAGGACGCACAGGCGGCGCUCAAGGACGCCAAUGGCGAGCUCGACGAGCAGAUUGCCAUCACCGAGUCGGUGGAGCGGUCGAAGCGGCUGCUGCAGGAGGAGAUCAACCAGGUGAAGGAGGAGCUCGACGACGCGCGCGAAGAGCGGGCCAAGGUCGAGUCGUCGCGGACCGAGCUGCAGGGCAAGAUUGCCGAGCUGCAGGCCGAGCUGGCGCAGCGCGACAACUCGAAGGAGGUCGAACUCGCGUCGCAGCUCCGCGACGCCAAGGCGCAGCACGCGCGGCUGCAGCUUGUGGUCUCGUCGCAGGAAGGCUCGGCCAACAUGCUGCAAAAGUCAGUGAGUAAGGCUGAGAGUGCAAGCAAGGCAGCGCGCGAUGCGCAGGCGGCUGCCGAGGCCAAGGCGCGCGCGGCGAGCAAGGCGGCGACCAAGGCUGCGGCCGAGACUGCAGCGCUGCAGGCCGAGGCGACGGCCAAGGCCAAGGCGGUCAAGGUGGCCGAGCGACAGAAGGCGUCGCUGGUGACCGAGCUCAAUGAGCUCAAGGCCCGGUACGAGGUGCUCUCGCGGACAAAGCGGUCUGUCGAGUCGUCCAAGACUGCGCUGGAGAACCAGCUUGAGGACUUGCGCGACGCGCUGGCCGUUGAGGUGCAGGCCAAGACCAAGGAGCUUGCGGCGCGGCGGGCGGCCGAGGAAGAGAUUGCGCGACUCUGCGAGGAGGCUGACUCCGGCUCGCGGGUGGAGGAGAUGCUGGACGAGCUGCGGCGCGAGCAUAUUCUGGAGCUCGCCGCCGAGCGCAAGAAGCUCGAGGCUGAGGCUGCGGCGCAGAUCGAGGUUGUGGCCAAGGCAAAGCGCGAGGCGCGAGCGCAGGCCGACGAGCUCCGCGAAGGACUCGACGAGGCUCGCAACGGAGCCACCAUUCUCUCGAAGCAGGUCGAGCGGUCAAGCUCGGAGCUCAAGGCGGCGCGGGCCAAGAUUGAGACGCUCAAGAAGGAGGUCUCGCGGAGCGAGGUGGCGCUCCGCGAACUUCGCAUGCGCAACAAGGAGCUGACGAACGAGGCCGUGUCUUCGCGGACGAUGCUCGACAACACGGUGGCGGACAAGCGGGCGCUGAUGCUUCAGGUCAACGACCUGGCGUCGCGGGCCGAGAAUGCCGAGCGCGAGGCGGCGGCGGCGCAGCUCUCGGGUGCACGACUGCAGACCGAGCUCGAGGCGUUGCAGGACGAGUACGACGAGUUGGCGGCGUCGGUGGACGAGGUGACCGAGCGGGCGGCGCUGGUGGCGCAGGAGCGCGACGCGCUCGCUGAGCGGCUGGCCGAGGAGGAGACUGAGCGGCUGGCGUGGGCGUCGACCAAGGACGAGCUGGAGGCCAAGUGGGAGGCCGAGCAGGCGGCGCUCGAUGAUCGGAUUGAGGAGCUGCUGGAAGACCUCGACGAGGAGCGGAGCCGGGCGUCCAAGGACGCGCGGAUCGCCAACGAGCGGCUGGACGCGGCGGAAGCGCGGGCGCUCUCGCUCGAGUCGGAGCUCCGCGCGGCUGUCAUUGAGCUCGAAGACACCCGGCUGGCGGCAACCCGCGCCGAGACGCUGGCGGCGACAGCGACCAAGGCGGCGAACAAGGCCGAGAGCGAGGCCAAGAUCCUCGCUGCCUCGCUGCAGCUCGCGGAAGAGGCUGCAGCCAAGGCGAACGAGGCGGCGCGCGGAGCCGAGGGCGCCAGGGAGGACGCGCUUGGGCAGCUCGAGUCUGCGCGCAAGACCGCGGCCGACACGACGGCGGCGCUCGAGUCACGGGCUGACCAGAUGAGCCUUCUGCAGCACGAGCUGGCGGCGGAGCGUGCGGCGCUCUCUGAGCUGCAUUCGAUGGCGGUCGACCUCGAGACCGAGGUCGACACGCUCCGCGGCAAGGUAGCCGAGGCCGAGGACGCUGCCGAGGCAGCCGAGGCGGCGCGGGUGGACCUGGAAGCGCAGGUCGAGACGCUCCAUGUCGAGCUCACGGCGCUCGACGCGUCGAACGCUGCACUGGAGAAGGCGCGCAUGGAGACUGCGCGCCAGAACCGCGACCUCAACGCACGGGUCGAGCGCGCGGCUGGCCUCGGCCGGUCCGCGCUUGCAGGCUCGGUCAAGCGGCUGGAGGCCAAGAUCGAGAGCCUUGAGGCGAGCGUGGCCUCACUCAAGGCCGACAAGCUUGCGCAGCAGAAGCGGGCCAAGAAGGCAGAGAAGGAGCAGAAGCGGGCCGAGGCCCGCGGGCGCGAGCUUGAGAAGAAGCUCGCCGCCAAGGACAAGAUCGUCGCCGAGAAGGAGCGACGCAUUGUCCAGGGCCGUGACGACCUCUCGCAGCUUGUCCGCGAGAACUCAAAGCUCUCGAUGGAGGUCAAGAAGCUCAAGUCGCAGACUUCGGAGCUCCGCGAGAACGUCAUGGUCCUGCAGCACACUCAGCAGCGCGGACUAGUGGAGGCGUAGAUGCGCGCGGAUAGUAAAUGACACACGUUUUACA